AUGGGGGAAAAGCACCUAGAGGACUCCAUUCACAAUUUUAUUCAAAAGAAUGUUGUCAUGGAGAGGCCAAAGAGGUAUGUGUCUACCUCAAGGCAAAAUAACAUAACAACGACAGUAAUUGAGCUGCAGCAUCCGGCAAACUACCUGACAAAGCUCGCCAUUGAAUCAAAACUGCCUGCCAUCAAACAAAAUGUCAGGAAUGUUUUUUGCACCAGUGGUAAUAAGAAGCCAAUGUUGCCAGCGGGGACGUUUCUGCUCCCCGCUGGGCUUCCCGCAAAAAGGAUGUUCGCAACCGUGCCAAAGUUGACCAAACCACCCCUUUGUGUUGUUGACUCUAACAAAGGACACAAGGAGUUUCAUAACAAAUUCUCAGGACUUGUCCCUGUGUAUAUAAGGAAAAAGGAUUAUGGAGAAAUCCCAACAUAUCUGUUGCGACGCAAAAACAAGCACCCGAAAUCUCCAGAGGGGGAGAGGAUUAUUGAGGUGACCAAACCACCGGGGCCCGAAGACCUCACAGAUGAGGAGUUUCAUGAGAUCAUUGAGGACCUGAAGAAGAAAUUAGCAAAGCUGAAUUCGACCUACCUGUGCCUCCCAUUUGUCAUCGACACGCCGGCGUUGAAGAUCCGCAAGCUGCGACUGGAGAGUGAAAUGACACAGGUGGAGAAUGACAUCAAACUCCUUGAAAUGGUUUCCAACAAGUAG